GACCGACGCGUUCCACCGCUGCGGAGAUGCGAAGAGGGAGGUUGUUCUGGUUACCGGAAGUGUUGUUGAAAGACUACGACCUCUGCGAUCUGGAGUCGAUUCGUGGUUCGAGACACUAAUCGAUUUUCCAGCCCACGCAAUCAACUCAUUCCUUUUUCUUCUCUUUCUUUGAACUGCUUCUGUCAUCAUCAUGAGUUCAGAAGCGGUUCGGCCUAGGGGCAGACCAGCCCAUACGCCUGGAACGACAAUUCUCACAUACACACCGGAUGGAAAACGGGUGAUAACCGCUGGAUCGAACUCUGCCAUCCGAAUCUAUACCGUUGGGCAGGAUGGAGAGCCAACAACAGUGGAUGAAGGUGUGGAAGGGCAUUUUGGAAUUGCAGCUACUAAUGACACGUUCGUCAUGGGUGCGGAGGAUGGGACAGUAUGGCAGUAUGAGCUGCAGUCAGGGAAAAUGGAAAAGCUCCUGGUGCGAUGCGCGCUUCCGAUUAGAGAUCUUGAUAUCUCAAGAGAUGGUGAAUGGGUUGCUGUCGCGAGCGACGAAUUGACGGUUAAGAUUGUCAAUGUGGAGGAUAUGACAAAGGUGAAAUAUUUGCGCGAUCAGAGCAAGGGCUCGAAACAUGUCUCUUUCGAUCCUAGUGGACGCUAUAUCGCCGUCUCCUGCACGGAUGGAUUACUCUACGUAUAUUCGCUAGCUUCAGAGGAGCCGGAGUUGGUGCGAAAACUGGAUGGCGUGAUUCGAAGACUUGAAGCAGAGGAAGAAGCUACUUCGAGCGCUGUUUGGCAUCCUGAUGGGACGGCUUUCGCGACGGCCCAAGCGACUAGGGAUAUUCUGGUUUUCUCGACGAUCGAGUGGGACAAGCAGAAGACCUUUUCUGGGGGUCAUAAUGGCGAGGUGACGGCCCUGAGCUGGUCUCCGAAUGGCGCCCUGCUGGCAACUGCGGGUGCAGAUGGCCAGAUUCUGCUUUGGGAAACGAAGACACAGAACAUCCUACGACGUUACGACUUCGCCAAUGUCAUCAACCUAGCCUGGCACCCUACGGAUAACUGCCUCUCUUUCACUACCUCCGAUGGUGAGCUGUUUAUUCACGAUGAUUUUGUGCCUCGUGAGUACACGCCGCUCUUGGAGAAGCCUCUUCAAUCUGCUCCUCUCAUCUCCGCGCCUCUUGCCGAGACCUCCGGUAAUGUCAGACGGCCAGUACCAAGCAGGCCGAAGGAAGGAUUGGAGAAUAGAGGGAGAGGGGGUACACCGGACUCUUUGGAUGAUAUUCUUGGUCCUAUGGAUGAGGAUGACGAUUUCAUUGAAGACGACGACGGGGCUGGGUAUGCUGAGGGCAUUAAUGCGUAUGGCAAGCGGACGAACGGCCACUUGGAUGAUCUCGACGGCCACUAUGACAAGAAACAGUCUACAGGAUUCUGGAAGCCCAAGACACAUUCGCCGCUUCAACCAGGAAGCACUCCUUGGCGUGGAAACAGGAGAUAUCUUUGCUUGAACCUCACUGGAUUCGUGUGGACUGUCGAUCAGGAGACUCACAACACAGUCACUGUCGAAUUCUAUGACCGUGAACUGCACCGGAACUUUCAUUUUACCGACCCUUAUCUAUAUGACAAGGCUUGCUUGAACGAAAAUGGCACGCUCUUCUCCAGUCCUGCCACGGACGGGAACCCGGCUACGAUCUUCUACCGCCCGCAUGAGACGUGGACAACCCGGACAGAUUGGCGCACCCAGCUACCGGAAGGGGAAGAGGUUAGAGCGUUGGCCCUGAGUGACAACUAUAUUGUGGCGGUCACUACAAAAGACUACGUCCGUGUAUAUACCCUGUUUGGUACGCCCUACAGGAUCUAUAGGCAAAAGAGUCCUGCUGUCACAUGUGCUGCGUGGCGGGACUAUGUCAUGACGGUGGGCAACGGGCCUGUAGGAGCCUACGGCCACGCAACCUUGAAAUACUCGGUCGAAAAUGUGAAGCGAGAUGAGAUCCAUCAGAAUGAGGACGUGGUUGCCUUGCCGGAAGGAGCAGAGCUGCGGAGUGUUUUCUUUUCCGACAAUGGAGACCCCUGUAUAUACGACUCCGAUGGCGUUCUGCUCAUUCUCCAGCACUGGCGCAUGCAGGGCCAAGCCCGUUGGGUCCCCCUCCUUGACACGAAACAGCUAGAACGUCUGGCUGGUGGGCGCAAGGAGGAGACCUACUGGCCCGUUGCGGUGGCUCAAGAUAAGUUCCACUGUAUCAUCUUGAAGGGUGGAGAGAAGUAUCCAUACUUCCCGCGACCUUUGCUCAGUGAAUUCGACUUCCAAAUCCCCAUUUCUACGGCUCCACGCAAGGAUAACGAGAACGAGGAAGAGGCAGCGGCCCGUAACGACGGCUCUCGCUUCGAAGAGGCCUUUGUCAGGCAAACACUCUUCCUCACCCUCUUCCAAGACCUUCUCUCGUCUACGAAUGCUACUCCUAGCCAGCGCACCGAAAUGGCACGGAAGGAACUUGAAGUCGACAAGGUCCUUCUGCAGAUGCUGGCUGUCGAAUGCCGCGAGGGUGAAGAGCGCGGCAUGAAGGCCCUCGAGCUUGUCAGUCUCAUGAAAGACCGCAGCGGUAAGAUGCUCGAGGCGGCCAGUAAGGUGGCUCAGAGAUACGGACGGACCGUAUUGGAGGAUAAGAUCCGCGAGAUCGCCGAGCGACGAAUCAUGGGAGAGGAUGAGGAUGAUGAACUUGCCUGACUUGAACCUGUCUGAUGAUUGUAUGUACUCUAUAUGCGGACUUCCUUUCUUGUUUUCUGGAACACGGGCGUCUUGGAAUGCUUAGGAUCGACACCAAUGAACAUAAUGCACUAUCGAACCCAUCUUACAUGAACCCCUUUUCACUAUCGAGUCUCAGAUUACCAUCCGAGAUCCACUUGUUAGGCUUUGCGAGGACGCACCAGAAAGCCUCCGUGAUCACAAUAAAUAACACUCCGAUCGUUUCAGCUCAAACUUUACCCCCACGCACACGCAUAGAUCAACAACUACCCCAUAAAGAAUCCCUUGCCUUUCUCCAGAUUAGACAUCCUCCAAGAUGCUGACUCUGCACCAGA